AUGGUGUCUGGAAAACAAGGGAUUCAGUCCAGAUUUGGUCCCUCUGACAGAAUCUUGGUUCUGGCACAGCACAAAACCUCAAAAACUGUUUGGGCGACGACUCCUUGUGAGAAGCUGAGCUGGGGCAACCAGGAGCCAAUAUGGCCCGUCUCCGCUUCAGCGCUCGGAGCCGUUCCAAGUGCAAGAAUCCAAUACCUAGCCAGGCACAAAAGAGACUUCUCAGCAAGGGAGGACCACCGGAGGAAGGAGGAGGAGGCGAGCUUCUUCAGGAAGACCCAGCGUCGUUCCUCCAGGACAUCCCAGUACGAACACAUUGUCCGCUUGUCAACACCUAAAACCAGGAGCUGCAGCUCCCAGGAAGCAGGGCCUCCUCACACAUCCCAGUGUGAGAAUAACUGUCCUGUUUGGCACGUUGAUCCCAAAGGUAUAACUGCAGUGAUCACAUUUAGACUGCUGCAGCUCUCCAACCCCAAACAGAACCAUCCAGACUUCCAAAGCAACAGAGAGAGUGUUGCAUCCAUCGUUUCCUUUGCUUCCAAGACGGCUCGAAUCUCUCAGCGACUGGCCCAGCUGUCACUGCCCAAGCUGAAGGAGAGCAACAUCUGCAGUGAGCUCGGCCGGCCGGAGGAAUCAAUCUGGACUGUUUCAAGAGCAGCGAGGAGAGCCACAGUAAGUGCUCGUGUUGAAAUGCUGGCGACGCCAAAAAAGCUUUCCGAAGACUACAUCCCUCCACGAGAACCAGCAUGGAGUCCAAAAAACGUCCAGUCCGCUUGAGCUUCAUCCCUCAACACCUCAACCAAGUCAGUGCUGCUUAUCUAGUUUGUGCCCUUUUGGGAAGCUAAUUCAACAACAGCAUAAACCGGCAAAAUGUUGACAAUAUGCAGAAGUUUCUGAAAUGAUGUCAAGUUGAUAUAGAUCUUGAUUUUACAGUAGAUGAUCAACUUCUUCUUGUGCUUUAUUUAGACUGGCGCCCAAGAUCCUCCUAUUAAAUGUUCUUCCAAAUUCUUGUGAGCUAAUAAUCUCGAUACGGCUUUUGUUUGCUGACAAAGCAAGUUUUUUUUGUAUAAAUGCAAUAAAACUCCAUAAAACCACAAUAAGAGGAGAAACCCGACAUGUAAUUACAAACUCCAAACAAAUGAAGGAAAAAUCAUGAUGAGCAAAGACACCAGCAUUUAGUAACAUGAUCUAAAUGACAGCACGAACAUUCAUAUAAAACUGUAAAUUACUACAUUGUACAAAACAAAGCUGAUAGAAUAUAAAAGUGUUAAAUAUGUUCACAUUUUAAACUUAAAUUGAGAACUCUGGAGGGGGAAUAUGAGUAAAAAACAACCCAAAAUGGUACAUCUGUUUCUUUGCAGUUCUCUUGUGAUGUCUGUUGAUAUCAUUUCCAUCUGUAUAAAACAUUGAAUA